AUGCCACCCAAGAACAGGGGCGCAGAAAUCAAAGCCGCUCAAGAUGCUGCUCUUGCAAGUCUCCCGGACCGUGCACUCUACAUAAUCAUGCACUUUCGAAAGCAGGACGAUCCAUCUAACUUCCAUUGGGGUUAUUACUAUCAUAGAAAGAACGCACUGGGCAGCAAGUAUCACUUUCAAAAUCCUGGACCGGGUGGACAAGGCUGGCUCCCUGGUCAUGCAAGCACACACGGUGUCUUCAGAUCAUUCGCCCUCACCGCCGUGAUACAGAUUGCGCAUGUGCCGGUCAGUAAAGAGGCACAGCUCGACGCAGUGAUGCGAUCGUAUGACGAGUCCCACACGACAAUACCAAACAUGAGUUGUCGGAUAUGGUUACUGGCAGUGCUGAAGCGACUUGUCGAAGCAGGGUUGGUCCGGUGCAAGAGUAUCGAUGCUCUGGAGGAAGAAUGUCGCACUAUUGGAGCCCAUCACUUCUCAAGCGCGCUGAAAAAUGAGCAGCCACGACCGGUGGUAGUCUCUACCACCUGCGAGAUUGCCUGA